AAGCUCUUCAUCAACUGCAUGCUUUUAUAUAUAAAUCUCUUCCAAGACUUCAAUGAACUCCAAACAGAUGGCCAAUGAUACAUCUGAUGAAGACUGUGAUUACUUAUUUAAGACCAUCUUAAUCGGGGAUUCGUCCGUCGGGAAAUCAAAUCUCUUGUCGAGGUUCGCUAAAGACGAGUUUUAUUUGGAUUCAAAGCCAACGAUCGGCGUAGAAUUUGCUUAUCGGAAUACCAAAGUUGGCGAAAAGAUAGUAAAGGCUCAGAUAUGGGACACAGCUGGACAAGAAAGGUUUCGAGCGAUAACGAGUUCGUAUUACCGUGGAGCACUAGGUGCGAUGCUGGUGUACGAUAUCACUAGAAAUGGAACUUUUGAGAGUAUAAAGAAAUGGUUACACCAACUUCGAGAGUUUGGGGAUGACGACAUGGUGAUCGUUCUUGUGGGCAACAAGUCGGAUUUGGUUGAUUUGAGGGAAGUCGAUACCGAAGACGGGAAAAAACUUGCCGAAAUCGAGAAGCUGUGUUUCAUGGAGACGUCCGCGAAGGAAAAUUUGAACGUGGAAGAUGCAUUUCUUCAGAUGAUUACAAAAAUAUAUGAAAUUGCAGGUCAAAAGAGUCUCGAGGCCAAGAAGAAUGAAGCAAAUGUAAAUCUUGAUGGGAGGAAAGAAAUUAUUGUUGUUGUUGAUGAAGUGGUUCCUACGAAAAGCAAUGGUUGUUGUACGAGGUGAAUCGAUGUUUGGCAAAUUAUUGGAUUUUAUACGACGUCAUUUAGGGUUUGGAUCUUGAUUACGUGUUAUUAAUUUUUUAGGACUAAAAUUUACGAGUCGAGAAAGCAGAAAUUAGGUUAUCUGUUACGUGAUGCGAGUGUCUUUUUAUAUAAACAACGGUCUAUUUUAUUGGG